UUUUGUUUCACAAAAAAAUGGCGGACCGAACGCCUGGUGGCUCUCAAAAAGCUAGCGCUAAGGCGCUACUUGAGAGUAAACUGAAGUCUUUCAGUAUCGGUAAGAUGGCAGUGGCAAAGAGGACACUUAGUAAGAAGGAACAAGAUGAAAUAAAGAAAAAGGAGGAUGAGCGGGCAGCUGCAGAGAUUUAUGAGGAGUUUCUUGCUGCUUUUGAAGGAGGAGCGGAUGGCAAAGUCAAAGCUUUCGUUCGUGGUGGUAUUGCAAAUGCUACAAAAGAGGAAGCAGCUGCAGAUGAAAAGAAAGGAAAGUUGUACAAGCCUAAAUCGCGCUUUGAGACACAAACAAAAAGCAGCUUCUUGCCUUUGGAAACCCCGCCUCAGUUUUUAGCCUUAGACAAAAGACAUCAACCCUCGAAGAAAAGUACUGAAAAGGAGAAGAAGAAGAGCAACUUGGAGCUUUUCAAGGAAGAACUGAAACAGAUACAGGAGGAAAGGGAUGAAAGACACAAAAUGAAGGGCCGUGUCAGUCGUUUUGAACCACUCUUGGGGACGGAGGGAAGACGUUCGUCGGAUGGUUCUUCAAGAAGAAACCGUCCGUCCAGUGUUUUGGAUGACUGUGCACCAGGUUCUCAUGAUGUUGGAGACCCAUCCACUACAAACUUGUAUCUUGGAAACAUCAAUCCACAGAUGAACGAAGAGAUGCUGUGUCAAGAGUUUGGAAGAUAUGGCCCACUGGCCAGUGUGAAGAUCAUGUGGCCAAGGACAGACGAGGAGAGGGCUCGGGAGAGGAACUGUGGCUUUGUGGCCUUCAUGAACAGGAGGGAUGCUGAGCGGGCACUCAAGAACCUGAAUGGAAAGAUGAUAAUGAAUUUUGAGAUGAAAUUAGGAUGGGGCAAAGGUGUGCCCAUUCCUCCCCACCCUAUCUACAUCCCUCCUUCCAUGAUGGAGCACACACUUCCACCACCUCCCUCUGGCCUUCCCUUUAACUCACAGCCGCGGGAGAGGCUAAAGAACCCCAGCGCUCCCUUGCUUCCUCCACCGAAAAACAAGGAGGAGUUCGAGAAGACUCUGUCGCAAGCCAUAGUCAAAGUGGUUAUCCCAACAGAAAGGAAUUUGCUCUCUCUCAUCCACCGAAUGAUCGAGUUUGUGGUGCGUGAAGGCCCAAUGUUUGAAGCCAUGAUCAUGAACAGAGAAAUCAACAAUCCCAUGUACAGGUUUCUAUUCGAGAACCAGAGCCCGGCACAUGUAUACUACCGCUGGAAACUGUACUCAAUACUACAGGGUGAAGCCCCAGCCAAGUGGCGAACGGAUGACUUCAGGAUGUUUAAAAAUGGCUCCCUGUGGCGUCCACCUCCUCUUAAUCCAUAUCUUCACGGCCCUUAUGAUGAUGGUGAAGAAGAGGACGAAGAGGAGGAAGGCAGCAAAAAAGGCUGCUUGAAAGAAGAAGAGCGGGACAAACUAGAGGAGAUGCUGCGUGGCAUGACUCCCAGGAGGGGCGACAUUGCAGAGGCCAUGUUGUUCUGUCUCAGCCACGCUGAGGCCGCUGAAGAGAUUGUGGAGUGUGUCACUGAGUCUCUCUCCAUCCUUAAGACCCCUCUUCCCAAGAAGAUUGCAAGGUUAUAUCUCGUUUCUGAUGUGUUAUAUAACUCUUCUGCCAAAGUAACCAAUGCGUCAUACUACAGAAAAUACUUCGAGGCAAAACUCGGCCAGAUCUUCUCAGACCUCAAUUCAACAUACAAAACAAUACAGGGCCAUCUUCAGAGUGAAAACUUCAAGCAACGAGUAAUGUCGUGUUUCCGGGCCUGGGAGGACUGGGCUGUGUAUCCAGAUCCGUUUCUUAUUAAGCUGCAGAACAUCUUCCUGGGUCUGGUUAACCUCACUGCAGAGAAGGAACCUGCGCCCUUACCUGUGGAGCCUGAGCCUGUAGAAGACAUUGACGGGGCUCCGAUAGUCGAGUAUGUUGACGGCACUCCGAUGGAGGAUGUUGACGGGGUGCCGAUCGAUGGAGGUAAUAUCGACGGGGCACUGAUUGAUGGAGCCAUGCUGGACGACCUAGAUGGUGUUCCAAUCAAACACAUGGAAGAAGACAUCGACGGAAUACCCUUCGAUCAAUCAAAGGAAGCAACAUUCAAGGUAGCACCUUCAAAAUGGGAAGCAGUGGACGAGUCUGAGUUGGCAGCACAAGCUGUGACGACUUCAAAAUGGGAAAUAUUUGAGCAACCAGAAGAAACAAAAAAAGAUGAUUACAGUGAUGAUGACGACCGCAGCCCUCGCUCGGACGAUCAGAACUACUCCAAUCCCAUCAGAGAUGACCCUGAUACGAAGGCCAAGAUGUCGGAAAUGAAUGAGGAGAAACGCACUAAACUCAGAGAAAUCGAGGUUAAGGUCAUGAAGUUCCAGGAUGAGUUGGAGUCAGGAAAAAGGCCGAAGAAGCCAGGCCAGAGUAUUCAGGAGCAGGUGGAGCAUUACAGGGACAAGCUUCUACAAAAGGAAAAAGAAAAAGAGAAACUUGAAAAGGAAAAGGAGAGGGAGAAGAAAGAAAAGGAGAAAGUGGAGGCGCGGUUAAAAGACUUGAAGAAAGAAAAAGAGAAGGAGGACACGCCAACCAGAAAAGAGAGACGUUUGUCCCCCCCGGUUGAUAGGAAGCGGCGUCACAGUGGGUCACCCAGCCCGUCACGGAGUACUAGCAGACGAGGCCGCUCUUCCUCGCCCCGGUCAGAAAGAUCAGAGCGUUCGGACCGAUCGUUCUCAAAAGACGCAUCUUCCCGCUCAUCUCAUAAAGACUCCCCUCGAUCCAGCAACAAAAAGUCCUCAAAGAGAUCGCCGUCAUCACCUCGCACACCCAAACGAUCCAGGAGGUCGCGGUCCAAGACGCCGAAGAAAUCAGCUAAGAAGUCCCGCUCCAAAUCAAGGUCUCCUCAUCGGUCUCACAAAAAGUCAAAGAAGAGCAAACACUGACCCAUCUUCCCACUGUAACCACCUUCUCUGCACCGACAUGUAAAAAGUAUUGAGUGAUUGAGUGCGGCAGCUGAAGAUCGCUGCCCCAAAUGUUAAUGUACAGAUACUGAAGAGUGGAGAGUGUUGCAUGGGUUACCGUCUAGUGUAUCAAAUGGAUGGGGCCAUUGUUGUUUUAUAUUGUACAAAAAAAGUUAAGUGCUUGUGUCCCAAUUCCCAUUCAUUCAUGUGGUAGACCACACCCAUACAGAGUGUGAUGACAAUAGUCUUAUAAUGCUGUCAUUUUCUGUUUUUGUAGUUCACAUUAAAACAAAUUCCUAAUGAA